CAUACUACACCCACCACUUUAUUUUAUUUAAUUAAAAAAUAUAAUUAAUUCUCAGAAAAUCCAUUUAAUUUAUUUUCUUCUUCCUUUCUAUCUCUCAAAUCUCCUCUGUCUCUCACUCACUGUCUGUCACCACCUCCUCCUUCCUCCCUCUCCUUUUCUCCGUCUCUUUCUUUCAAAGGCAAAGGGAAACUGUAAGUACAAAAACCCAUCAAACAGAAGAAGGAUCAAGGAGAGUGUACAGGAAGAAGAAGGAAGAAAGUGGAAGCUUCAUUUCCAAGUAUAUCUCGGUACCCACAAAAUGCCGCCAUCAUCGUCCAGACCACCCACUCAUAUUAACAUCAACGGCGACCAGCAACAGCACCAGCACCAGCAUCAGCCCCAGUCCCGACAUCGGCCUCCGCAACCAGCUCCCGCCAAUACUCACCACCCUUACUACCCUGCCAACUCUUCUUCUUCUUCUUCCUCAGCCUCCUUCAAGGGCUGCUGUUGCUGCCUCUUCCUAUUGUUCUCCUUCCUAGCUCUCCUUAUCCUCGCCGUCGUCCUCAUCAUCAUCCUCGCCGUCAAGCCUAAGAAACCCCAGUUUGAUCUCCAACAGGUGGGGGUUCAGUACAUGGGCAUCUCCGCUUCCAAUCCCACCUCUCUCGACCCCGCUACCGUCUCCACCACCACCACGGCGUCGCUUUCUCUCACUAUCAGGAUGCUUUUUACUGCUGUUAACCCCAACAAGGUCGGGAUCAAGUACGGCGAGUCCAGUUUCACUGUGAUGUACAGAGGGAUCCCGCUGGGAAAAGCUUCGGUCCCGGGGUUCUACCAGGAGGCUCACAGUACGAGAAACGUGGAGGCAAUCAUCGCCGUUGAUCGGGUAAAUCUGUUGCAAGCGGAUGCCGCAGAUUUGAUAAGAGACGCUUCUUUGAAUGACCGGGUGCAGUUAAGGGUGUUGGGUGAUGUCGGAGCCAAGAUCCGGGUCAUGAACUUUGAUUCCCCUGGCGUUCAGAGUUUGCUAGUCCUCCUAUGGCAUUUUGCUUUGGAUUCAGGGUUUUUGUUUCUUUUACUCAUUACUAAAGAAUCGGUGCAUUUGAGUUUGGAUUUGGAAGGUAUCAGUGGAUUGUGAGAUCGUGAUCAGUCCAAGGAAACAGUCUCUUACUUACAAGGAAUGUGGAUUUGAUGGGUUGAGUGUUUGAGUGUGGCUGCGGGUGUAUUUAUUUUUAUUUUAUAUACACCACCAACCAACAACACCAUGUUUUUCUAAUUCCUUUCAUAUCAUCUCUCUGCAAAUUGGUCAAGAGAGAUUGAACAAGGCAAUUGGCAAAACCCAAAGUGGAGUGGAGGAGGUCAAAAACAAAAAAUUCCCCCUUCACAUGGAUGGAGCAAAGAGAAAUCAAAAUUCAAAA